UAGCUUUCAUCCUCAUUACAGCUUCAGCCCUCUCGCUUAAACCAGACUCUCGCUAGACCUUCGUUUAAAUUAAUCAACCAUCAUUUUCAACAUGAAGCUGUUCUCAGGUGCAUCGCUUGUCGGCCUUCUCGCCACUACUGGUCUUGCUAGCGCGAAGGGAACCCAAGCGCCAUUUUCCAUCUCCAAGUUCUCUGCAGGAGCUACUCCGCACUCGUCGAUCGGAUACGUCGAACUCACCUGGUCGUACUCCAGCGGCCAGAACUCGACGACAUGCUCAGCAAAUCCGGGAACCUACCAAGUCUUCCCUUCCGUCGUAAAGACUGCGUGCAGCGACCCGUCGACAUUCUUCAACUUGACUAAGCGCUCAGACGGCGGAGCGGACCUUGAGCUUUGGUAUCAGGAGGCAUAUGCCAUCCACACCAUCUCAGCAGAUCAGAUCGUAUGGACGAACCAGCAGUCGCCGACCGGAACCGUGCAAGUCUACUCAGGCCCCCAGAACUUCACCGUAAAGGCAAAUUACCCAGAGAACUAGGUGCCAAAGGUACUGAAGGUGUUGUUCGACGCGUUGGCCAUUGUUGCAGUGUUAGCCUGUAUAUAACAUUCGAAAGGCAGGACUGAUUUAAUAUGGUUGUUUGUAGCCGUGGGACUGCGGUGAGGUAUAUUAGAGAAGGAGUGCGAUUGAAGGGACAUGUGCGUCGGUCUUAAGAGUAAAGCCAUGCUUCCACCUUUUUUUAAAGUAGAUAGCAAUGUAAUUUUUGAGAUCAUCAUCAAACGCUUCCACCAUAUUAAUAUGUUGGACCUGUAGUGAUGUUUCCGUACGGAUGCGGACGUGAUGUAAUUACCC